GCGGCGGUCACUCGUGCCCCCUUCCUGCGUUUUCGGCCAGUGGCAGAUCUGCGUUCGCGUUCGCACUCGCUCGUUGGUCGCAGGCUCCUCGCGCCUCGGAGAUUUGGUUGUGGAGCUCCUGCUUCGACGCCGCUGCGCGAGCGAGCGAGCGUACGAUCGAGUGAGAGAGUGAGAGAGGGAGCGAGCUAGAGGCGCAUACUUUCGAGGAGCUUUUUCCGUGGCCUCUGCUUUUCUCUGCAGCUCGUGGCGUUCUUUCGGCAGUGUGGUUCGCAACUUGCCCGCAGCUCGAAGUCGUCGGGGCGCGAGCAAUUUGGUGAUCGGGUUCGUCGGUCGAGGCACGAGUCGGUGGCAUGGCUACCAUGUCAGCUCGAGUGUGUGCUCCGGCCCUUGGGCUCUCGCUGCAGCAGAAGAUUGCGCCCGGAGCGUCCCGGCGCCACGCAGCGGUCUCCCACGCUGCGCUGUUGCCCGCAGGAUUGCGCAGCCGAAGCGUCGAGAGGAAGGCCGUUGUCUGCUCAGCUCUCGGUGGGAGUGAUGCGCGACCCUUGUGGGCUUCCCCUCUGUUACCCAGCAGCCCGAGGAGGAAACUGGUCUGCCAUGCCGAAGCUGGAACUGCUGGGGAGUUGCCCGGAAGCGAAACCCCGGCGACGAAAGAAAUUAGUGCAUUUGAGAAGUUCAUCGAGUUGCUCACCACGAUGUUCCCCAUCUGGGUCAUCCUCGGAACACUGAUUGGUAUCUACAAGCCUUCUGCUGUCACUUGGCUGGAUACUGACCUGUUUACCGUAUGCCUCGGGUUUCUCAUGCUUUCCAUGGGACUCACGCUGACAAUUGAGGACUUCAGGAGGUGCCUCAGGAACCCCUGGACGGUUGGAGUUGGAUUCCUUGCACAGUACAUGAUCAAGCCUAUUCUUGGUUUCUUAAUUGCUCUGGGCCUAAAACUCUCAGCACCUCUAGCCACAGGUCUCAUCCUGGUUUCGUGCUGCCCAGGAGGUCAAGCCUCAAACGUCGCCACGUACAUUUCUAAGGGAAAUGUCGCUUUAUCUGUCCUCAUGACAACUGCCUCUACCAUCGGUGCAAUUAUCAUGACACCUCUCCUCACCAAGCUGUUGGCUGGUCAACUGGUCCCUGUGGAUGCUGUGGGUCUUGCUGUCAGUACCUUCCAGGUCGUUCUUCUUCCUACUAUUAUCGGAGUUGCUGCUCACGAGUUCUUCCCCAAGAUCGUAGAGAAAAUCAUUGUCAUCACUCCUUUGAUUGGAGUCGUCCUUACAACACUGCUCUGUGCCAGUCCCAUUGGACAGGUGUCUGAAGUUCUGGUCUCUCAAGGAGCACAACUGAUCCUCCCAGUAGCUAUCCUUCACGCCGCUGCUUUCGCUCUUGGUUACUUCAUGUCUAAAAUAUGCAAGUUCGGAGAGACCACAUCCCGCACGAUCUCCAUCGAGUGUGGAAUGCAGAGUUCCGCUCUAGGUUUCUUGUUGGCUCAAAAGCACUUCAGCAACCCAUUGGUGGCAGUCCCCUCUGCAGUCAGUGUCGUGGCUAUGGCGCUCGGAGGAAGUGCGUUGGCUGUCUACUGGAGGAACCAACCUAUUCCCGCUGGCGACAAGGACGACUUCAAGGAGUAGAUAUAAUAGUCAGUUAACAGCGUAUUUGUCGAGCAAUUAUCUGUGAAGUCCUAUUGUUAUAUGUUGUGUUUGAUAUGUUGCUUCGAUAUCAUCUGGCUAAAUGUGGCCUUUGUAGCAUUGAAAUUGCCUGCCCUCCUUCCUGAAAUGUGUGUUUAGAGUAGCCAAUUUUGCCAAUUGUAAUUUGAUAGAACGAGGACGAGAGAUCCUUAGUAAAGCUUUUGUUAGUUGUCGACAAGCUAUUGGUGUGAAUUUCCUCUCCUAUACCUGCCUGCCUCUUGGUAUUCGCCCAACGAGUGAAUGUUAGCCGUUUUUUUUACGAAUGUUUUCAUCAACGCAAGGCCAUGUCUAAUGGAGUUCUACUGAGUUCUUCAAACCAUUGAAGAACAGGAUCAGUCAUUAUUAGGAUCACUAACUGCGCUUUGUCUUCUGUUCUUACAAUCCCGA